AUCCAUUCAUCAGAGAAUAUCCAAGGCUACAGCACAACCUGCACAGUCUGUAGAACAGCAGCAUAUUUUUCCUAAUUAAACAGGUUGUGUAUUACAUCACAGAAGCUCCUAACACCUUGGAGGAAUUAGUAAACUAUUAAAUUAAUGUAUUCAUUUAUUGAAAUAUUUAAUACAAAGCAUUCUGGACUGUGAAUUAAGAAGAUAUCACAUUAGGACCCUUUAACAGUUAUUAGUGGAUUUUUGAAUAACCAGCAUGAUGAUGUUCUCAUUAAGACUGUUACUGUUGGCUUGGAGUGGUGCACUUUGCUUCUUACCAUUGGCGUGGACUGGUGUGAUGGAGAUCACACCCCAACAAAACCAUGUUUUUUCAGAGGAAUUUGAAGAUGCAGCACUGGAGGAUGAACUGGACAAUCAGGAGAACGUUUUAACUCAGCUCCUAGGCGACUACGACAAAGUAAAGACUCUCUCAGAGGGCUCGGAUUGCCGCUGUAAAUGUGUGGUCAGACCUUUGAGCAGGAGCGCUUGCAGGCGUAUUGAAGAAGGGAAUGGAAAGCUUGAGGAUUUCUACACAGUGGAGACAGUGACUUCGGGACCCAACUGUAAAAAGUGUGCCUGCAUCGCCCCUCCGUCCGCCCUCAAUCCCUGUGAAGGAGACUUCAGGUUUAAGAAGCUCCAAGAGGCUGGGAAAGAUGAUAUCAAGCUUUCCACCAUCAUGGACUUACUUGAGGGGGCUUUGUAUGGGAUGGAUCUGCUAAAGUUGCACUCAGUCACCACUAAACUUCUGGCACGUGUGGAAAACAUCGAAAAGACAUUUUCCGGAAAUGUGACAAAAGAGCAAGGGAGCAUGAAAGAGUUGAAAGGACAAGGGAAGGACACACAUGUCCACCAUCACCUGGAGAAGAAAAGACGUUUGAGCCAGCUGGAGUCCUCGCUACAGAAAAAAGUGGCUGCAGCUUUUUCACACACAGAGAAGUAUGAGGAGAGGUUUGUAGGGAGUCAGGAUUCCGGCAGGGUACUGAAGAGAAGCCGUGUUGAAGACUCACAGGAGCAGAAGUUAGUGAAGAGCAAAAUGGGACCAAAUGGGAUGAAUAUCAGGAGCGUGACCUUCUAUAAGGCUGAGACUGAAGAGGAAGAUGACGGAGAACAGAGUGCAGGAACAGAUGAUGUGCUGAGUGGUGAUGGUUCAGUGGAUUUAAUAAUAGAAGACCAGAUCCCUAGACAGCAGGACACUCAAUCCUUAGAUCCUCAAACUACAGCCACCACGGCACCAAGGUUGAACAGUGAAGCCACCACAAAGCAACCUGAUGUGGAGUCCUGGGAAACAGAAAGGAUGGUUACCACCAGCAAGGCAACGCCUCUUUCCUUAACAACCUUCACCACCACAACCACAACCACCACCACCGCACAGCCUAUGACCAAUAACAGAUCAACAUCCAUCUCAACUCCUCUGAAAGGUCUAAAACCACAGCACAACUCCACAUCUGAGGCAAGAAAACACACUUUAAAAUCUCGACUCCGCUGGGACGAAGAAUCUGUAGUCACUACUGACUCACCAAAGAAUUCUGGCGUAUGCAAGGACACGUUAGCUACUAUCGCUGACCCUGUGACUCGCAAUACUUAUGGCCGCAAUGAAGGCGCCUGGAUGAAGGACCCAAAAGGCAAUGGCAAUGUCAUAUAUGUCACAAACUACUACUAUGGCAGCAACCUACUGGAGUUCCGUGAUAUGGACGCAUUCAAGCAAGGACGCAUGAGCAGCUCGUACAAACUGCCCUACAACUGGAUUGGCACAGGCCACGUGGUCUACAAUGGUGCCUUCUACUACAACCGGGCGUUUUCACAUGACAUUAUCAAAUACGACCUUCGCCUGCGUUACGUGGCAGCUUGGACGACACUGCAUGAUGCCAUGUUUGAGCAUGAGGAUGAAGAAGCACCUUGGAGCUUUAGGGGACACUCUGAUGUGGACUUUGCUGUGGAUGAGAGUGGCCUCUGGCUGGUUUAUCCAGCUCUAGAUGAAGAAGGCUUCCACCAGGAAGUGAUCAUUCUGAGCAAGCUCAACCCUUCUGACCUACAGAAGGAGCACACAUGGAGGACGGGCCUAAGGAGGAACAACUACGGGAACAGCUUUGUCAUCUGUGGUGUCCUGUAUGCUGUGGACAGUUAUGAGCGCAUAAACGCCACCAUUAGCUAUGCUUUUGACACGCACACACACACUCAGAUGGUGCCACGGCUGCCCUUCAUGAACAACUACACUUACACCACACAAAUUGACUAUAACCCAAAGGACCGCACACUCUAUGCCUGGGACAAGGGCCAUCAAGUGACCUAUGAUGUCAUAUUUGCCUAUUAAUUACUGUAUUGCGAUUAGAUCUAGAUCAUAACUAAAUUACUGUUCUGCACUUUUUGUAAAAAAAAAAAAAAGCAAAAAAACUACAAGACUCAGUGGAUUGUAGAUCAGUCUACAGGGUCAAUAUAUAUUUUUUACAAUAUGUCACUAUUUUAUUGUUGUUUGUUGUUCUUUUUGCAGUCAUUCAUUAUCAUUCCAUGGCAACAAUGUUCACUAGGUUAAAGCCUAAGAAUACUUUAUGCUGUGACAUUGGUUUGCUGGCUGUCACAAAAAAGUAUGAUGCAGUUGCAGAGCAGACAGUCAGAGAACUGACUGCAGAAGCUUCACUUGCCAAUCGUGCCUGUGAUUGGUCACUGCACCCAAGAUUCAUUCAUGUAGUCAUGGAAACUAACUCCUGUAUUCAAGUACCAUCAUCUGCACUGGAGCACUUGUAAGCCACAGUCAAUAUAAAGCCGCAGAGAGUAUGUGAGCUUGUAAGCUUUCUGAAGGUGGUUUUGUAUUUGUACAACCCUUUGCUGUUUUUGCAUUAAGUAUACUGAGGACUUUAAUGACAAAGUCAUUGUUACGGCUUAUGUAUGUAUGUUGUAAAUAAUGUAGUUAAUUUAAAAUAAAUGCCAUGCCUGUA